AUGAGAGCUUACACGCGAUUACUAGCUACAGCAACAGAUGCAGGCGCAUCUAGGCCCUUUAGGCCAGCACCUGCUGCAUUGUUGCCGCCAAUACCGCUUUACCGUCGCCUGCUACGCUCACAUAGGAAAAGGUUGGGCGUGGAAGAGCGACUACUUGGUGACAUGUACGUCAAGGCCGAGUUCAGAGCGCACAGGGACAUCGACAACCCUGUACAAAUAAUCGGAUUUUUAUCGGAAUGGCAAACAUAUUGUCAAAUGCUUGAAGGAGAUUCAUGGAAGGAAGACAAGAUGGACAAAGCGAAGAUUGACAAGAUGAGCGAUCAACAAAUUGGUCAGCUGUACGAGCUCAUGCAACAAAUCAAGAACCAGGCUCAGGAGGACGCCGAUGCCGAAGAAAAGCGUGUGGUUGACUUGCUUGACAAGAAGGAUCCCAAAGAAUAG